AUGGCGAAUAACAAUUUCGUGACGGAGAAGUCGAAACUGAUUCCUUUAAAACAGGAAUCUGGAAAAUUUCAAGCAUCAAUUAAUAGGUUUAUAAAAAGUGGCAAAGAACUGGCAAGAAGCCUUGGUUUUCUACAUAUGUUUUCUUACAUUGUUGGAAUAUUAUUUGGCUCGGGUGUCUUCAUAUCUCCCAGCUUUGUGGCCAAGCAAACUACAAAUAUGGGAAUGGCGUUGAUUAUAUGGAUAGGCGCUGGUGUGAUAUGUGUAUUUGGAGCACUGUGCUUUUGUGAGCUAGCUGCUGCGAUAAAAAAGAGUGGUGGUGAAUACAUUUUUAUAAAGGAGACGUACGGAGAUGCAGCGGCUUUUCUGACGUUGUGGGCACAAACCCUUGUAGUCACCCCAUCUGCACUCUCAGUUUUAGCUGUGACAAUUGCUGAAUAUUUGCUCGGACCAUUUUAUGACAUAACAUCUUCUAGUGGUAUUUGGCUGGUAAAGCUGAUCGCCUUGCUCUUCCUAUUCAUAGCGGCAAUUAUCAAUUCUUUAAGCGUUUCAUGUAUAGCAAAAUCGCAAGUCUUUUUUACAGUCAUUCAAGUAAUAUCAGUGCUGUUUUUGAUUGUGCUGGGAAUAUGGAAAGCUUCAACCGGGCAUACUCAAAAUUAUGUUUCGAUUUUUGACAACUUUGGCAGUUUUGAGCUGGGCAGCCUGAGCAUCGCAUUAUACAAUGGACUAUGGGCAUAUGAUGGAUGGGGUCUUGUUUGCACAAUCACAGAAGAAUUACAAAACCCAGAGCGGAACCUUCGAUUGGCAAUUAUUACUGGAAUCCCAUUUGUGAUUGUGUGCUACCUUCUAAUAAAUCUAUCCUUUAUGUCAGUAUUAAGUCACGAUGAAAUUGCCAAUUCCUCUACCGUCGCUACAAGUUUCGUCGAAAAGAUUCUUGGAAAAAAAGUGGCCUUGUUGGUUCCUAUUGCUGUGGCACUGUCUUGUUUCAGUGCUCUAAACGCGAGUUUACUCGUUUGUUCCAGAACACUUCUUUCUGCCUCUCGUGAGGGACAUUGCCCAGAACCAUUGUCCUAUAUACACGCCGACAGAAGAACGCCAGUACCAGCAGUCUUGCUUUUUUGUUUACUGGCACUGACUUGGAUUAUCUUUCUUGGGGCUGGUACUCAAAGUCUUCUUAUUUAUUUCUCAUUUGCAAUUUGGUUCACGUACGGUCUUGCGAUAUUCGGUGUCAUUGUUCUCCGGGUGCGACAACCAGAUUUGCCAAGACCUUUCAAAGUAUGGAUAAUCAACCCGAUAUUCAUGACAUUGGUGUCCUUGUUUCUUAUAAUCGCUCCGUUCCUUAAAAAUCCUUUGGAGAGCACAAUCUGCCUUAUCUGCAUGUUACUUGCCAUUCCGUUCUAUUUCUUAGCCAUACGAAAAAAGAACUUUGCACCAGCAUGUUGCAUAAAAUUGAAGAAGAGGUUCUAUAACUUUAUAUUGUUUCGGUUUAAACUUGUUCCUUGUGUAUACAAUAAUAACAAAGAGCCUGCGUUAGAUAUUUCAAUUCUGACAAAUGAUGCACAAGCUUAG